ACAUGCGCAGUGUGCUCCGGGAGCAGCAGCCGCUUCCAGGCUUGUGGAGAAAUGAUGGCGUCCCCAGCAGCUCGUCGUUCAGCACGCUGGAUAACGGUAGCCGUGUCUUCAGGAGGUCGCAAUGCAUGUGGGGCUCUUUCAUGUGCCUCACAUCACAGUGCCAGGACUGUCUCUACCCUCGGGGCGAGCAAAAGAUGGUCUGGGGCGGGCGCCACGUUGGGCUCAGGGACGGCCGCCGCCGUGACAUUGAGAGGGCUGUCAGGUGUCAAAGUACCGAACACCAUCCGCACAGUGAAUUUCCACACAAGUGUCCAAGCCAGUAGCAAGCAGGACUUCUAUCAGAUAUUGUCCGUACCACGCACGGCAACCCAGAAAGAGAUCAAGCAGUCCUACUACCAGUUGGCCAAAAAGUUUCACCCUGACACUAACAAAGAUGACCCUAAGGCCAAGGAGAAGUUUGCUCAGCUGGCUGAAGCAUAUGAGGUCCUGAGUGACGAGGGCAAGAGGAAGCAGUACGACACGUACGGUUCGGCCGGUCUCGGCGGCGCCGGGCAGGCGGGCGGCGGCGGCGCCGGGCAGCAGUACUGGAGUGGCCAGGCCAGCAGCGUGGACCCCGAGGAGCUCUUCCGCAAGAUCUUCGGGGAGUUCUCCGGCUCGCGGGGCUUCGGAGACUUCAACGCCAUCUUCGACCAGCCGCAAGAGUACAUCAUGGAGCUGACCUUCACCCAGGCAGCGAAGGGCGUCAACAAAGAGAUCACCAUCAACAUGGAGGCCUCGUGUCAGCGCUGCGAAGGCAAGGGUCACGAACCCGGGACCAAGGUCCAGCACUGCCAGCACUGCAACGGCUCCGGCAUGGAGACGGUGAACACGGGCCCCUUCGUGAUGCGCUCCACCUGCCGGCGCUGUGGUGGCAAGGGCUCGGUGGUCUCCACCCCCUGUGGCUCCUGCCGCGGCACCGGCCAGACCAAGCAGAGGAGGACGGUGAUGGUGCCCGUGCCGGCAGGAGUGGAGGAGGGCCAGACAGUCAGGAUGCCGGUGGGCAAGAAGGAGAUCUUCAUCACCUUCAGGGUCCAGAAGAGUCCUGUGUUCAGAAGAGAGGGCGCUGACGUCCACUCGGAUCUGCUCAUAUCCGUGGCCCAAGCCAUCCUGGGAGGCAGUGCCAGAUCACAAGGCCUCUACGAGACCCUCAACCUACCGAUUCCUGCUGGCAUCCAGACAGACCAGAGGAUCCGUCUCUCUGGGAAAGGAAUCGCCAAGGUCAGCAGCCAUGGCUUCGGAGACCACUACGUUCACGUCAAAAUCAAAGUGCCCAAGACGCUGACAGACAAACAGAAGACGCUGCUGAUGAGCUAUGCUGAGGAUGAAACGGAAGUCGAGGGAACAGUAAACGGAGUCACAGACACGAAAAAAGUGUAAGCCUGGCGCAGUACUGGUCUCCGUCCAGCAGUGCUAUGCAGACUGAGGUAAAAGGUCCACCGGGAACUGAGUGGUUGAUCCAGCACCUCCCUGGACGGAGGUCCCACUCAGGUGGGUUCCUCAACCUGAACCCGGGACAGAUCCCGUCCUGAGGAAGGGGUCGCGCGCUACAGCACGGAGAUAACAGUGGGUGGAUGUCUCGGUAGGGGGGACGCAUCCACCUUGGACGACCAUGUUCCAUGACGACCUAUUACUGGAUAUCAGUUUAGUUGCCAGGGUCUCUCAAACACAUUUGUUGGCGUGAGUCCAUCAAUUUACUUGUCCAUCCCAGUCCUCUUUUGUCUUCAUGGCAGACAGGAUUUUUCAUUUGCAAAGUGUGCAUGUUUCAGAAAUCCAUCUCCUCAUAGAGAAAUAGAUUAAAAUGCUACACAUUUCUUUGUGUUUUCAUGAAUACUUUUUCAUCAAACAUAAUACGGACACAAGUUGUUUUUCUCGAUCCACUGUUUGAGAAUCUUGAGCAAUAUAACUACAUUGUGUUCAUUAUCCUUCGGGUAAUGGUCAAAGCUUGGUAGACUACUAGCAUCUCUAUUACUGUAGAGACUGUUGUAUUUAAGCCUGCUGUAUGACCGGUGAUUUACAUUUGUAAAUAACUAGACAUUUAUCAAGCAGUUGUCCCUUCACAUAAUUUAAAUAUAAGCCCCUGUACAUGUCUAAUAAAGAAACUGAUUGAAAAUGAAA